AACUAUCUCUUAAAUUAUGAUGCUCCGCUUCCUCACGUUCUUCGUCCUAUUCAUCAGCCUGUCUCUCUCCGCGUUCUCAUCACCUGCACCUCUCGUUGAUUACUCGCUCACUCUUGAACGUCGAACCCAGCCGUACUUCCCUGACACCCCAGCUUCAUGUCCUAUCUGUGCAAAGGAUUACCCUAGUAUCCAGUCAUGCGCUGAGGCAGCUCCAGUUCUCGCCAAUUUCUCAAUGGUCAUCUUCAACCCUGGUGCUUUCAUCAGCGUUAUCAAGUGCGCCUGUCUCGACACUUUCCAAGCCGUCUUCCCACAAUGUGUUGAUUGCUUUGUAAAGACUGGCCAGGACGACGUUAUUAUCAGUCCUGAUCUCCCAGCUGUUGUCAGCGGCGUGAGGAAGAUCUGUGCGAUUGAGAGUACACUCCUCGGCAAUGUAACGGCGACCAAUAACGCAAGUGCGCACGCCACCUCCACGUCGACGUCCUCGUCGACAGCUCGGUUUCUCGAGAGGAGGGAUAGCGUGACGUUAGGAAGGACAGUGGCCAUCAUUGGCGUCGCAUUCUUCAUGGGAUGCCUGGGCUUGUAAGAAGGACGCAUUUAUCCCUAUCUUUUGAAAACACUUACGACCAACUACGAUAUUUUACGACCUUACGAUGACUUUUAACGAUACUUACUUACCACUGUGUAAACUGCCAAUCUCUGACUG